CGUCUUGUUUAUUGUCGCUCACUCGUCAUGGACUUCACGCGCAUCCCCGAGCAGGUUAUGGAGCAGCUCGAGAACCUUGAUGCCUCAAAAGCCGCUCUCGGCGCCGGCGGUAUCCUCGCGCUUGCUGUUCUGGUGAAGAACAUUGCUAAGCAGCCGAAUCUGAGUAACAUCCCGGCUGUUGGCACCACCGUGCCUAUCCUUUCGUAUUUGGGAGCAUUGAGGAUGCUGAAAGAUGCCCGCGAAGUCAUAAUGGAGGGGUACAUCAAGUACGGUGGAAAGCCAUUCAGAGUUGCUCUCGCGAACCAUUGGGAAGUCAUCCUCGGCCCGCAGUAUGUCGACGAGUUCCGCAACCUGCCCGAACACGUGUUCAGCUUCCAAGAGGCGGUCAACGACUCGACACAAAUUGAGUAUACCCUCGGCCCGCCCAUCCACCACGACCCUUUCCAUAUCCCCAUCAUUCGCUCGCAACUCACGCGCAACCUUGGAAACCUCUACGCUGAUAUUCGGGAUGAGAUUGCGACCGCGUUUAAUGAUGAGCUCCCGCUAAAGGGCGAUGAAUGGCUCGAAGUCCCCGCCUUGUCCAUGAUCCAACAGGUCGUCUGCCGGACUAGCAACCGUAUAUUCGUCGGCCUACCUCUCUGCCGAAACCACGAAUGGAGAGCACUCAACAUCAAACAUGCUAUUGACGUCAUCAAGGGCGCUGUCGUGAUUAACCUCUUCCCCAGGUUCAUGGCUCCGCUGGUGGCCAAGUUCAUGACAAACGUUACGGCCUGCGUGGACCAGGCAUACAAACACCUUGGCCCCAUCAUCGAGGAGCGAUUCAGGGCAAUCGAGGAGUACGGACCCGAUUAUCCCGGAAAGCCUGUCGACAUGUUGUCGUGGCUAAUUGAUGAGGCCAAGGGCAAACAGCGUGACCCUAGAACUAUGACGCUGUACAUUUUGGCUACUAAUUUCGCUGCUAUACACACUUCCUCUAUGAGUCUCACCCAUGCCCUCUACAGUCUCGCUGCAAACCCACAGUACAUCAAACCUCUUCGUGAAGAAGUCGAAACAGUCGUCGCAGCCGAAGGAUGGACGAAGAACGCACUCGCCAAGAUGCGCAAGAUCGACAGCUUCCUCAAGGAAGAGCAGCGUCGAUAUGGCAUCGGUGUUUUAAGCAUGGGCCGCAAAGCGAUGCAAGACUUUACGUUCUCAGAUGGGACGUUCAUCCCCAAGGGUGCCAACGUCUCUAUCGCCUCCGUCGUGGCGCACUACGACGAGAAGUCUUACAAGGACGCGUCCGAGUUCGACCCGUUCAGGUUCUCGGACAUCCGCGAGGGAGAGGGUGAAGGUGUGAAGCACCAGUUCGUGUCGACGAACGCGGAGUACCUGCCGUUUGGACACGGUCGUCAUGCUUGCCCUGGCCGGUUCUUCGCAGCCAACGAGCUGAAGAGCAUGUUUGCGCACAUUGUCAUGACGUAUGAUGUCAAGCUCGGCGAGGGCGAGGAGCGCCCGGCUAACUUUAACCUUGGAUCUGCGUGCUCUCCUAAUCCUACUGCGAAGGUUUGGUUCCGCAAGCGCGUUGACUGAGUCGACUACCGUUUGGAGGGUGGUAAGCACUAUCGAGGCCAGACAAGGGCCAGGGGACGAUGUAUCGUUACAGCAUACUUAGUAACAUAUUACCUAGCUACCAAUCUUUAAUUUUAUUCCUUUGAACUAUUUAUCACAGUCACCCUAUUCCAAUAUCUGUUUUCCAUAUGCUCGCAGAGAAGGGGA